AGAGGCGCCGGGGCCCUCUGUGCGGGGUCUGGGCGCAUCCCCGCUUCUAAGGCGGGCGCGAUUCUGUCGCGCGGGCCGGGCGGGGUCCCGGACAUGGGCUUGCCGCCGCCGACCCCUCUGCUCUUGGGGCUCUUCUUUCUGCUGGGCGUCCUGAGGCCGCUGUGGGGGGACCUGGUCUUCAUCCCUUCGUUCAUCCGCACGUCCGGCCCUGUGGCCAGCGCAGCCCUGGUCGGAGGCGCCGAGGAUGUAUCGGCCGUGUCCCUGUCCCUGUCCCUGCUGCAGGACCAGGCGGGGUUAUUGCCAGUUCCUGCUUGUGGUGUGCUGCGCAAUGACACAGGAAACUGGAGUUUGACUGUGACCCCCAACGUGAAUGCGUUGGACGUGACAGUGAGGUUGACGAGGGGUCUGCAGUCGUGUUCCUCUAACAAGACAGGCCCCUUCUCAGAGUCCCCAUGCAUUGUCCAGACCCUCCUGGUUUCAGCCUCUAACAGUUCAUCCUGUUUGGCACAUCUGCUUAUUCAAGUGGAAAUUUAUGCCAACUCGUCUCUGGCCCAUAAUGCAUCAGAGAACAGGACUGUCAUCCCUAACCAGGUGUAUCAGCCUCUUGGUCCAUGUCCUUGUAAUUUAACAGCCGGGGCCUGUGACGUUCGCUGCUGCUGUGACCAGGAAUGCUCAUCGAAUGCAAUAGAACUCUUCCGAGAGUCCUGUUUCACCGGCGUCUUUGGAGGGGACGUUAAUCCGCUCUUCGAUCAGCUCUGCUCCGCUCAGAGAGCACACGGGGGCCCGGGCUGGUUUCCGUUCCUGUGUGUGCAGUCCUCCCUUGCCAACUCACCCUUCCUAGGUCACUUCUACCAUGGGUCUGUCUCCUCAGGCCCUCGCGCUGCCUUUGAAGGGUAUCUGCACACUGAUCCGAGAGACUCCUCCGACUUCGGGUACAAGCAAGGAGACCCGCUUAUGACUGCGGAGAAGGCGUACUUCACUCUGCCUCAGGUGUCCCUGGCUGGGCAGUGUGUGCAGAACGCCCCGGUGGGCUUCCUUCAGAAUUUUGACGUGCGGUGCAUCACUGAUUUGGAAGUCAGCCAAGAGCAAGGUGGCAUCACCAACACCAAGAUAAAGAAUGGUGCUAUAGGAGGCAUUGUUACACCAAAAAUAAUCUACGAGGAAGCAACUGACCUAGACAGACUCAUCACCAGUACAGAAACACUUUUACAGUCUGGAUCAGCCCCCAGAAACGUGAAUGUGGAAGAACAUUAUGUUUUCAGAUGGAAUAAUAACACAAUCAGCGAGAUACAUGUCAAAAUUAUUAGAGCCGAAAUCAAUGCCCACCAGAAAGGAACCAUGACACAGAGAUUUACAGUAAAAUUUGUGAGCUAUAACAGUGGUGAUGAAAAGGAAACAUCUGGAAACCCAGGUUACCAGCUUGGCAGGCCUGUCCGAGCUCUGGACAGCAACAGGGUGAACCCCGUCUCGGCCUUACACCUUUGGCAGCCAGCCGGAAGGGGUCUGUGCACAUCGACAGCUUUCAGACCCGCCUCAUUCGGAGAAGAUGCGCUCUCCGGGUGCCUCUUAGAAGUCGCCCUUCACGAGAACUGUUCUCGGCUCAGGGAGAAAGCUGUGGACAUGCUCGAUUCGUUAAUACAAGCAACUCAUGUCGCAGCGAGAGGCAACUCCGACUACAACAAUGUUAGCGAUGGCUGGCUGGAAAUAAUACGUGCAGACACCCCUGACACAGGUGCAGACCCGCCCGAGGGCAGCGCGAACGGCACCUGCCUGGGUGUCCCUGCUCGGCUGAGCAUCCGCAUCCUCUUCUCAGACGCUGGCGCCGUGGAAGGGAUUACUCAGCAAGUGAUACUCGGCGCGGAGACAAGGGUGUCCUCCGUGAACUGGCAGUUCCAGUGCGGGCUUACCUGUGAGCGGAGGACCGACCUCUUCCCUCUCAGCGCGUCAGUCCAGUUCAUUAGGGUCCCUGCACAGCGGCCCCGGCCACUGACAAGAUUCCAGAUCAAUUUUACUGAGUAUGACUGUAACAGAAAUGAUGUGUGUUGGCCACAGCUUCUAUAUCCACUGACCCGGUAUUAUCAAGGGGAGCCUUAUUCUCAGUGUGUUGCCAAGGGCUUGCUGCUGGUGUUCUUCUCCAUAUUAGCUGUGUUCCUCAGUGACCCCUGGACCAGAAGAUGCAAAGCUUGACAUUCAGCCACCAUCGGAGUCCUUACAGACCACAGACUUUGACUUUGGUGAUUUGUUGCACUCCUGUGUACAGUUCUAAUAAAGGAAGGUUUUUAUUUUUGUAGGAGUAUUGAUCAGGCACUCUGCAUUUGAUUCACACAUGUCGCUCUCCAGAUGUGCGAAGCAGUGCAGACGGGCAUUCUC